CUCUCCAUUUAUCUCUUCAUUUAAAGACUUUCAUUAUUUCUUUGGUAGAUGUUCUCUUUUUAAGAGCCUUGCCCUUAAAUUUCUUGCUAUAUAUGAGCAAAACCAAACCUACGUGAUCCUCGCAAAACACACAAUCCUUUAAAGACGGCUAAACCUUCGGAUUCAGAUCCCUUCUAAGGAAGCAUAUAAUCACUUCAAACAUUGACUGAACUUCACUCUCACCAACUUUCUCUUUCAUUUCUUUUCAUCAACAACUCUCAUAUGCACUUCUUUUAGGGUUUGUCAUUAAAACCUUUAAACUUUGUUCUCUUUGAAUUUUUUGGAAAACAUAUUCUAGCUACCACUCUCUAAGAAGAAAUGGAAGAGAGAAAUGGUUGUGAGAAACUUGACGAGAUUAUGCUUCCGGGGUUUAGGUUUCAUCCAACAGAUGAAGAACUUGUUGGAUUUUACCUAAAGAGAAAGAUUCAACAACGUCCUCUUGCUAUUGAGCUCAUCAAGCAGCUUGAUAUUUAUAAAUUUGAUCCUUGGGAUCUUCCAAAGUUGGCAAGUACAGGGGAGAAAGAGUGGUAUUUUUACUGUCCAAGAGACAGAAAGUACAGGAACAGUACAAGACCUAAUAGGGUAACAAAAGCUGGGUUUUGGAAAGCUACAGGAACAGAUAGACCUAUUUAUUCAUCAGAGGGUUCUAGGUGUAUUGGUUUGAAGAAAUCCUUAGUUUUCUACAAAGGUAGAGCUGCUAAAGGAGUCAAAACUGAUUGGAUGAUGCAUGAGUUUAGACUACCUUCUCUCAUUGACUCAUCAUCAUCUCCAAAGAAAUAUGUAGACAAGACCAUUCCUGCUAAUGAAUCUUGGGCAAUCUGCAGGAUAUUCAAGAAAACAAAUGCAACAGCUCAAAGAGCUCUCUCUCACUCAUGGGUCCCACCUUUACUUGAAACAUCCACCUCCAAUGUUUUAACCAAUGAUGGAAACCAAAACCAAUUUUAUUCAUCUAACAUGAUCUUGACAAAAAAACCUAUGAUAAACCAAUUUUGUUCUACUACUAAUAACACAACACAACAAUUAACCACUUCUAGUAGUACAACACUUUGUCCUUUAGAUGUUACAUCUUAUAAUGAUAAACCAAUUAUUGAUCCAUUGAUUUACAAACCCUUAUACCGAUUACCAUUUUCAAAUGAUCAAGAUCUUAACCUUAGCACCGGCUCAUUAUUCUCUUCUCCUCUGGAAACAUCUUGUAACAAAACUUCAAUGGAUAUUUCUUCUUUGCUAUUGGGUAUGUCAUCUGAAGGAACAACCUCAAACUACACUAAUGGUUUACAAGAUCACUACAAUAAUGAGUAUCCAUUUAUGGCUAAUAUUAUUCCUAAUGUGAAUGUGCCACAUGUUGAUGAACAAGAAUUGGAGACAGUAAGAUCCAUUGGAUUUCCAUUUACUAUGCCUUUCAAUAUUGGUGAUGCAUGGAAAUCAAGUUUUGUUUGGGAUACUUCCUCUUGUACUUCUGAUGAACCCUCUAGUUAUUCUACUACCAAGUGUUAUACUUAGUAGUUAUGUUAGUUAUUUAUUUAGAGUUCAUCUAUUUCGAGCUAGGUUAUUUGUUAGUUAAUUAGUAGUUAUGUUAGUUUUUAGCACUUGAGUUGAGUUUCUUUAAAGCUCUUUAGUUUACCAGCUGAGUUGUCUCUUAGGAGUGACUUUUUAUAGGAACUAGAACUAGAGUAGUAAGUCUAACUUUUUAUCAACUUAAUUAGAUUUAUGUAAUAUUUAUUUAUAUGCUUGUAGAUUUUUUUUUAUUUCCUUGAGAUUUUGAACUUCAUGUUAACUUGGAAUGAUAUUUGAAUUCAAAAGUUUGUA